AUGUAUAAAUGGUACAACCGCUCAGAAAAUCAUGAUUUUAUUAUUCUUCCCAAUCAUUUCACUUCACUCGAACAAGAAUUUCUCUUAGACCAAUCCUUAAAGAAAUUUAAAAGGGUUUUUGGUAAAAAAGUAACUUAUCAAGAUGCUCAUUUUGAUGGAGUAAUUCAUGGAUAUCGAGAAUGUCAGUCUACUCACUGGGAUGAUGAUGAAAAGACGAAUGAAAUUUUUAAUAAAAAAAUAUUUAGUCUUUUUCCUGAGAAUCUUCGAUGGUUACCUGUACAUCUUUUGGAAUUAGCAAAUUAUGGUGGAAUUAAAGCUCAUAUCGAUAAUGUUGAGUAUUCUGGAAACAUAGUGGCUGGCGUAUGUCUGAUGUCUUCAAUUGUAAUGAGACUUCGCCACAAAGAUAAUCCUCAAUUUUAUUUUGAUGCAUUACUAGAACCAGGAUUCACAUAG